AUGGAUGAUGUAGACGAUAUAACAACAAAUACCAGUACGGACAUUAAUAACAACCUCAAUGAAUUUGAAGGUAGAGGAAGUAAAAGUAGAUUAAGAAAAUUUGAUAAAUUAAUAAUUAAUCAAUCAAAAUUAAUAGAUGAAGAUGAUCAAAUUGAAUAUAUUAAUGAAUUAAAUAAAUUAAAUAAAGAACAAUAUCAAAGGUAUAAGAUUUAUAUAAUUGGUUUUUAUUUAAUUCAAGUUUUGGUUAUCAUCAUUGUGAGAUUUAAAUUUCAAAAUGGGAAUAUAAUUGAAAAUAAAUUAUUCUUAAUACUAUUUUUAAUUUCAAUUAUAUUAAAUUUAAUUCAAGUAGUUUCAAAAUCGGUAAUAUCAAAUUUAAAUUCAAAUUAUAAAAUUUUAAUAAAAGUUGUUAAAAUUUUAAUUAAUUUACAAAUAAUUUGGACAAUUUUAAAAUCAUUAAAGACAAACAAUUAUGAAAUAUUUCAAUUGAAAUUUAUAAUUUUAAUUCUAAUCUGUUUAAAUUAUAGUUUACCUUAUUUUCAUGAAUCUUCAUUUAAUUCAAUUAAUCAAUCAGUUUAUGAAUUAAAUGAAUUAAAAUAUAAAUUUAAAAAUAUAUGA